CUGCUAAUGUGCCCCAACAAGAGACUAACUGGGCUGAGGUUCUGACAGAAUCAUGGCCCCCAGAGACACCAUCCAUCUCUGUCUCGUGCUCUGUCUGAGCCAGAAGCUUUGGGCACAGGAAGGGUAUUUUCCCAUUCCUAUUAUAUCUGCCACACCUGGUUCUGUGAUUCCCUGGAAUGAGUCUGUGAAGAUCCUGUGUUGGGGGACUCCUGAGUCUUACUUGUACCAACUGGAAAUCCUGAGAAACUCCACAUUUGAGGUGGUAGAGAAGAAAUUGGGAUUUCAGGAGAAGGCUGAAUUCCUCAUUAGCCACAUGAAUACUAACACUGCAGGGCGUUAUCAGUGCCAAUAUAGGAAAGAGUACAAAUUAUCAGAGCACAGCAAAAUCCUGGAGCUGGUGGUGACAGGCUUGUACGACAAACCCUCCCUCUCAGCAGUGCAGGGCAUGGUGGUGAUGCUGGGCGAGAAUAUUUCCCUGCAGUGCAGCUCAACAGACAUCCCAUUUGAUAGAUUUUCACUGACCAAAGAAGGAGGAGCCACCCUGUCACAGCACCAAAGUGGGGUACACCAAGGCAACUUUAUUCUAGGCCCUGUGAACCACAACUUCUCAGGGAACUACAGGUGCUAUGGUUGGUACAGUGGCAGCCCUUAUGUGUGGUCAGCCCCCAGUGAUGCCCUGGGGCUUGUGGUCACAGAUAUAAUGAACCAAGAUUACACAAUGGAGAAUUUGAUCUGAAUGGGCGUGGCAGGACUGGUCCUUGUGGCUCUCUUGGCCAUAGUCAUUGGAAAUUGGCACAGCCAU